ACCACAAAGCCUGUGAUGACAAAAGAAAUAUAUUUUCAAGGAUUGAAAUUAGAUAACGUUGAAAAUAUCAUGUUAGAAAACAAUAAUCAACAACACCAACCAGUCCGACCAGGAGCCGCUGACAAUCCAUCUCAAGCCAGGGUAUCAAUUUCCGACUCUUCGGAUCAAAAUUCACCAAAUAUUGGUGGAGCUACCCAAAACUCCAAUCCGGUGGCAAAACAAAAACAACAAAUUUCUUAUGCUGAUGCCAUUAGACAAGGAAACAAAUUUACUAUUGACGACUUACCAACACUUAAUGAUUCUCAACUCUCUGAACUUUCACCCAACCAAAGAGAUGAUUACAUGAAAAUUUAUUAUGAGAAACAUUUUUUAGAAAAAUUAUCACCUGUUCAAAAGAACAACCAUCUUAAACGUAUGUUACAUACAUCAAGUGAAGUCAAAAACUUCUAUUACCACUAUCUUCAUGAUCAAAAUGUCAUGGCCACUCAAUUUAAAAUCAAAAAUCCCAUUCACUCAAAUCAAGAAAUUCAAAAAAUCUUAGAAAAUCACUUAAAUUUAAAAAAAAUAGAAAAUGAAGAAAAUAUAAAAAAAAUAUACAACAACACAACCCAAAUUUCAACAAGUAUUCAAAACAUUAAUGAAUUAUUAGAAGGAAAUCAAACAACUGAGGAAAUCAAACAACUUACAGAAAAGAAAAAAUCACUAUUAAUUCAACUUGAAGAUGAGAACAAAAACCAAAUUAUGAAAGUGACAGAAUGUAAAAUCCUUGAAAUUAUUAUUUUUGAACUUACAGGACAAGAUAUUUAUGUUGCCACCCCAUACUUAAAAGAAAUUGAGAAAGAAAUCAGAUUAAGACCAUACCUUAUAUCACUUUUAACCGAACCCUUACAAGUUCUCCCAGAAUUCUUAGAUGACUCCAGCAAUCCUAACAAAUUGCUUCCAGUUCAACUUUUUCACGCCGACCACAAUCUCGAUCAAGUAGUCUUAGCCAAUUUUUAUUGUAACGGUGCUUAUAUUAACUGUUGGCACAGAUUGUUAUUGGAACACUUCCCACCAGGAAAUGAACCAAAUAUUUUGAAAUAUCAUGUCCAUGUAGACAAAAAUACCAGCAAAGUUUUCAAACCCUUUGCUCAAC